AUGGCAGAUGCUGACGUGAAGACUCGUGAACAAGAGGAAUUGGAACAACAGCAAGAAAAGCUCGACAAUCUCAAGGACUUCCAAAAGUCGCUGUUCCUUGAUGUAUUGCACAAAUUCACGGUAUUGUUGACGGAGUUCAUUGUUCAUUGUGAAACAGAGGGAACGGACUUCCGUACUCCUUACUUUGCAUGGAUUAAUGGUCGAUUCAAACAAAUAUUCCUUAUGCAUGGCACGGAUCUCCACGAGUUCACAGAAGAUCUUCGACGAGAGCUAUUCUCCAGCACUGAUAUCGAUCCUAAUGUCUUGGAAACUUUCCAACAGUUUGUUGCUCUUCGUGAGUAA